AACUUUAGUUUCUUAGUAAAUACUGCCAUGUAAUUUACACCCACAAUUUUUUUUAUAUACAUUUUUAAAAGAAAAAACAUAUUUUCUAAAUGGCCGAUAAAGGAGGCUAUAAUCCUUACGAAAAUCGAAAUGUGGCUAAGCCGAUAUCCGAUGUUGGGGCUUUUUUUUCUCUACUCAAGUGCGUGGUGGGAACCGGAGUUUUGUCCCUUCCCUUGGCAUUCUACUAUGCUGGUAUUAUCAAUGGCACUAUCUUGCUAAUUGUGUCUUGUAUAAUGCUUAUUCAUGGAAUGCAAUUGCUGAUUAUUUCCAUGGUGGAGUGUUCCCGACGGAUGCAGAUCGGCUAUGCGACCUAUCCAGAGGCGAUGGCUUACUCCUUUGGCCAGGGACCCAAGUGCUUCAGGUACUGCUCAAGAGCUGGAGGAUAUAUAUGCGAUGGAGUAUUGGGAGCCUCGCAGUUCGGUGUCUGUGUCGUGUACAUUCUCUUCGUGGCCGUCAACGUAAAGCAAGUUUUUGACUUCCACGUGGCCGUGGCUGACUUAAGAAUCUAUAUAGCCGUCGUCGGACUCCUUCUGAUCGGACCAUUUCUGGUACGCCAGCUGAAAUAUCUGGUUCCCUUUAAUAUAGUGGCCACCAUUCUCAUAUACCUCGGCUUUCUUAUGAUGAUGUACUACUUGUUCGUGGGUCUACCUCCAAUAUCAGAACGGAAUAUCGUUUUUGGACCUAUAGAGCUGUUGCCCUUAUUUUUUGGCAUCGCUCUUUUCUCGAUCACCUCGGUGGGAGUGAUGCUAGCCGUCGAAUCCCAGAUGGCCAAGCCACAACAUUACCUCGGUUGGUUUGGGAUUCUUGAUAUGGCCAUAGUGAUAGUUUUACUUUCGUAUAUUUUCUUUGGAAUCAUGGGCUACUGGCGCUAUGGAGACCAAAUUGCUGAUAGUGUCUCACUCAAUAUUCCCACAAACGAGGUACUUGCUCAGGUUUCCAAGGUCUUUAUUGCCAUGGCAAUUUUCCUGACUUAUCCCUUGGCCGGUUAUGUGGUAAUCGACAUUAUAAUGAAUCACUAUUGGAACAAGAGUGGCGAGCUGAAGCACGCCGUAUUGAAGGAGAGCAUCAUCCGGGUUGUGUUCGUGCUGCUUACCACCAUAACCGGCAUACUUGCCCCGAAUCUGGGUCCCCUGCUGUCUCUGGUCGGAGCUCUUACCAUAUCGCUGUUGAACCUGGUAUUUCCCGCCCUGAUCGAGAUCUGUCUGUAUUAUCCGCCGGAGUAUAACUACGGCAAGCUGAAGUGGAAGCUCGUAAAGGACAUCAUUUAUGUAAUCAUUGGCCUUAUUAUUUUGGUGCAGGGCACCAUCUUUUCCAUUAUGAGUAUGAUCAGGGAGUGGGGAGGUGGACACGGGGCUACAACUGGCGCCACAGAUGGAACCACCACUGUGGAUACCACAACUACCGAGAAUAUCACUACUCUGCUCACCACAGCCAUUGCAGUCGCAGACGAACCCACGCAGGAACCUGCUAUCAGAUUCCUAUAAGGAGAAUAGAUAAAUGCUUUAUACAUGGAGAUACUAUUUUGUAGCCCUUUUUAAUCGUUGCAAAAUUUAGUGUACCAUAAAUGCAUUUAAAUUUUAUGUUAUAGUAUAAUAUUAGCAUAACUAUAUGUUUAAAAUUGUAAUUGUAAUUCUACCAAUUUGAGUUUCUGGUCAGGAAUAAGAAACAUUGUGGUGAAGAAAUAUUUGUAUAAUCAAUUGGUAUCAAUAAAAUG